CCCACCACUUUGCCACAAGGAACCAUCAACAUGAACCAGUGUACAGAUGUUGUGGAUGGAGAGAACCGGAGUGGGCAGAAGUUCUCGCUGUGUAUCCUGACACCGGAGAAGGAGCACUUCAUCCGAGCUGAGAACAAGGAAAUCAUCAGUGGGUGGUUGGAGAUGCUGGUAGUGUACCCAAGGACCAACAAGCAGAAUCAAAAGAAGAAAAGGAAAGUGGAGCCCCCAACGCCACAGGAGCCUGGUCCGGCGAAGAUGGCCGUGACCAGUAGCAGCAUCCCUGGCGCUGAGAAGAUCCCCACCACCAAGUCCACCCUUUGGCAAGAAGAACUGAGAAGCAAAGAGCAGUUGGAUGGGAAUGUGGGCAUCGGUUCUCUGGCAGGGCAGGCGCCCUCAGCGUGUUCUCUGAAGGACUCGGUCCUGGAGAGCAAAGAAGAAGAGGCUGCCAGGAACGGCGACCGUAACGACUGCGGGCGGAAGACGCGCGUAGAAAGCGGCUACUUUUCCUUGGAGAAGACCAAGCAGGAGGUCAAGGCAGAGGAGCACCAGCUGCCGGGCCUGCCAUCCCCCCCGAGCCCCUGCGCCCCCAACCACAGGUACGGUGACUCCCAAUCUCAGCAGCCGAGCGGUUCCUUCCCUUCUUCAGGUACCUGGCCGGCUGGCCGAAUGGUGCACAGUUUCUCUCUCAAUUCCCUGGACGUCCGAGGCCUCCGGUUCCCCAAGCACAAGGACUCCGCCGGCCGCAAUGGGGCGAGGACCGAGGAGAGGCGCAACGGCCCCUCUGCCUUUAAAGUCAGCCGCAAAUACUCCACACUGGCCGAUGUGCCCAAGGCGAUCCGCAUCAGUAACCGCGAAGCUUUCCAAGUCGAGCGGAAGCGGCUGGAGCGGAGCUCCCGGGCGAGGAGUCCCGGCCGAGAAGAGGUCGCUCGGCUGUUCGGGAACGAGAGGAGGCCAGAUUUGCUGAACUUCAAAAAGGGAUGGCUGACAAAACAGGAUGAAGAUGGGCAGUGGAAGAAGCAUUGGUUUGUGCUGACGGACCAGAGCCUGAGAUACUACCAGGAUUCAGUGGCAGAGGAGGCAGCCGAUUUGGAUGGGGAAAUUGACUUGUCAACGUGCUUCGAUGUCACGGAAUACUCCGUCCAGCGAAACUAUGGUUUCCAGAUCCAUACUAAAGAAGGCAAAUUCAUUCUUUCUGCUAUGACAUCUGGAAUCCGCCGGAACUGGAUCCAAACCAUUAUGAAACAUGUUCGUCCCACAGUCGCUCCAGAUGUGACCAGCUCUCUGCCCGAAGAGAAGAGCAAAAAUGGCAUCUCCUUUGAGACUUGUCCCAAGCCAAGCGAGAAGCAGGAGACGGAGCCGGCUGAGAUCGACCCCGAAUACAAGCGUAGUCGAGCCAGGGAACGCCGUAGAGAAGGCCGCUCCAAAACCUUUGACUGGGCGGAGUUCCGCCCCAUCCAGCAGGUCCUGGCUCAGGAGCGAGCCAAUUUGGCGGAGACUUUGAAUGACACCUCCGCUCCGUAUCCCAAGGAGCUCGGCCCUUCAGAAACAGAUCCCGGGGAACUGGAGCGAGAACGUGCCCGCCGAAGAGAGGAAAGAAGGAAGCGCUUUGAACAUCUGGAUGCUAUGGAUGGAGGGAGCACAGAAGACUUCUCCAGGAUGGAGGUGGAUAGGCUUUCGGGCCUGCCUGCCGCUCCAGAGGCCAAGCCUCAAAGCGUCCAUGUGGAGAUCGAGCAGAGGUGGCAUCAGGUGGAGACCACUCCUCUGCGGGAGGAGAAGCAGAUCCCCAUUGCCCCGCUACAUCUUCCUCACCCAGAGGAGAACGGCGAGAUACUCCAUAAGCAGCAUCUGACUGUGCUGCUGGAAAAGGAGGUAAGGAGGUGGGGAAGGAAGGAAGGAAGGAAAACUGGAGGGAGGGAAGGAAGAAUGACCACUGGAAACUCUAGUGGCAAAGUCACUAUUCAUGGGCAUUGUGAGGAGACCAAGAAGACUUGA